AUAUUACUGACUGUAUGUUGUGUAGGCUGGCGGAUGGGCACACUGACAGGGCCAGGCUACUUGUGGGCUCUACUGUCCGUCGCCGCCGCCGUCCUCUGCUGCUCGGGCUUCUAUCUUCCCUUCUGGCUCCAGGGAAAGAUGCUGGGGAGGAUAGAUGCAUACUUUAACAGUUUCCGACGCUGCAACUACCCCAAACUCAGCCCUCUGGGGACCGUAGAGGUAGUGAUGCAGUGCGCCAGAUACUCCAGCUGUCGGGAAUUCCAAGUGGCCUGGAGUAGGAGGUCUUUGUUGCAGAGAUCUUUGCGCUAG